ACUAUACUCUAACCUAACUCUUACAAAUUCUCACUCUCUCUCACAAGUCACCACCGUUGGCCCUCACAACUCACUGCCCUUCUCGGCUUCUCAGCUCACGCCGCCACCAAGCGACAAGCUCUCGUCACGCCGCCCUUCUCUCUCACGUCGCCGGCCGCUCCCGCUCCCACCUCUCGGCUCUCUCGGUCUCCUUCUCUGAGUUAUCUCAGAGUCUAAAAUCGCACCCUCGACUCGAAUCGCGCUGCCCCCACUCCCACCUGUAGAAAAUGAGGUAUUUAAAAGACUUCAUCACCUGAGAGAAAUUACAUUCUCGUCCUUGAGUUGGAGAUUGAGGGAAUGGAUUCUGACAAUGAACAAGGUUACAAACCUCCUCCAGAGUUUCAUGUGGAGGCCAAGGAACCACUUAUCGACCCUAGUUCGAUGGACUCCAAAGAACUUUGGCUCAUUCAGUGGCCUAAUAGUAAAGAACUUCCUGGAUUGGACGGACAAGAAUUAUCACUCAAGCUUCAUCAUGAUGGAAAGUUGGGCAGUUUUGAGGAUUCAUCUGGAAAAGUUUUUGAUCUUGUCAGCUUUGCAGCUCAAGAGUCAAAUGCAACAGUUUUUCUUUCCUCUGAAUCAGAGUCAGAAAUUGUUGGGAAGAUUUCACGGCUGGUUUCCCUUGUCCAUUAUCCAGAUCCUAAUGAAAGCCGAAAACCCAUUUCCAACAACUUGAGACAUUUUCAGAAAUCGAGGGGAAUUUCACUGACAAAUUCAUCACGUCAAUUUUCUACACAAAGUACCCUGCUUAGAAACUCACAAUCGACAAGUGGAUAUUCGGGUUCCACACACAAUAGCAGACGGAGAAGUUGCUUAUCUGAAGAAGGGGAGCCAUCAAAGCCUCUUAAAAAAAAACGUGUGCGUGAAUCUACUGGGUCUGCAGAGGGUUCUGCUCGAGACUCAGAGCGAGGUCAUAGUGCAGUUACUUCAUAAGAGUCCUGUGACUGAGUGUUCUCUUUAAAAUAAAUGAAAAAGAUAGUUAAAAAUGAAGAGCAAGGUGCCCUCCUUGUCGCCUUCAUUGAUUAUUUAUCUUCAAAUAUGCAAAAUGAGUCUUACGUUUUUUGGAAAGUGAACGUGCCAAAUCAUCAAUGCCUCACUGGCAUCAUGAUUUACAAAUUUUAAGGAAUAGUCGCUGUUGCUGUUUUGAGGAUAAGGAGUGAUCUCGGGAAGGUUUUAGAGAUUUCUUUUAUCACAUUUUAGUCUUAUGCGCAUCCUCUAUUGUAUUGAAUGACAUUUCUUUUACUAAACUUUACGCAGCUCUUAGCCUGUAACAAGGCUUUUUGUAUAUCCGAAGGCUUUUUGUA